CGGACCCUACCUUGGGAUACCCCACCCGGAAGUGGGUGGUGGAGUCACCGUCACCCAACCGGUCACACCACCGUCGACAUACUGCCUGCUGGGAUGUAGCUCGCCACCGGGGAAGUGCAGAGAUUGUAGAUACGAGCCUGACAUCGGUCACAGCAUCGGCGAUAACUCGAAGAGACCCACUGCCGUCGUUUGGUUUGUAGGAGAAGGAGGAAAGAGGCGCGCCGUCAAAAUGAUGGAAGAAAUAGAUAGAUUUCAGGUGCCGAGUGCGGUGCAGGAGGCGGAGAUGCAGGCUGAGAUGCAGCCGCUGGACCCGGCCUCGUCCACAGCUUCAGAGGCAGACUCAGACACCAGAGAGGGGGAGCCGGUCACCAUCAACUACAAGCCCUCACCCCUGCAGAUGAAAAUAGAGAAACAAAGAGAGUUGGCCAGGAAAGGCUCAUUGAAGAACAGCAACACUGUAGGUAGCCCAGUCAACCAGCAGCCCAAGAAGAACAAUGUCAUGGCCAGAACACGAUUGGUAGUCCCCAAUAAAGGCUAUUCCUCUUUAGAUCAGAGCCCCGAUGAGAAGCCCCUGGUGGCCCUAGAUACAGACAGUGAUGAUGACUUUGACAUGUCUAGAUACUCAUCGUCAGGAUAUUCCUCUGCUGAGCAAAUCAAUCAGGAUCUGAACAUUCAGCUGCUAAAAGAUGGCUACCGUCUAGAUGAAAUCCCAGACGACGAGGACCUGGAUCUGAUCCCGCCCAAAUCGGUCAACCCCACCUGCAUGUGCUGCCAGGCAACCUCCUCCACCACCUGUCAAAUACAGUAACCCCGCCCCCGACCCCCCCGCCACCUCGACACAACAUAACCAAGUCUUCAUCCGCUGUGAGUUUCCUUCGCCACCAGGGUGGCGGCAAUGAGGCAUUGGUAGAAUAUUGUAAUGACAGUUAAGUGCUAUGAUAAUGACAAUGACAAAUAAUCUUAUUAACGUAUAGAAGCUUUGGUUCAAAAUCUAGGAGAAGGGACACAUGUGAAAAUAAUAUGUAUUUAAAAUAUAAGUGAAGUGGUGGUUUCCUCCUAUGGAAGGACGUACACUUGUGCUUGACGGCUCUUCUCCUGUGAACAUGAUGUAACAUAACACAUAAUAAUAUAGCUGACAGAGAGACGGAAAGGUCAGUUGAUGCUGCAAAGUGAUUUUAAUUUCCCGAAAGUAUAGGAAACCUUGUCAUAACUGCUGAAUCAACUGUUCUGCUUUGCCUGAAAUCUGGGUUACAUUUUUGCAUUUUUUCUAGUUUUGUUUUUAUUUAAAUGCUUACUUUUUUCUUAACCUGAAGGAUCAGUGUGGUUGUAUGCAUUGAUGUUCAGAUAUUUAAAGUGUGGUCUUGGAACACAAAAUUAUUGGAUUACUGUGUUAAUUGUACUGUACAGGGUUGAUGUAGCACAGGCCAGUCCAUUGCACUCAUUCACGCCACCUUCACCUUUUGAUUUCUUUGCCCUUCUCGCUCGAGAUGUUUGAUCACAGAGUUUAGGGAUGAAUGUAGAAACAAAAAGACCGAACAGCUGAACGGAAAGUUAGCAAGUAGCACAUUUCAUUUUCACCUCAUUUCUGUUCUGCACAAUCUGUUGUUGUGGCACAAGCUUGAUUUGCAUUGUUUUGAAUUUGCACUUUUUGUUGUACUUUUUUAUUUUUCUUUGGGCCCAUAUCUGUGCACUCUUUCCCGCGCACCAGUGACAGUGGCUGAGCUGAUAUGAACUGUGUCAAAUGGGAAGAUCCCAUGUCAUUGCACAGACCCUCUAACAUUAUCCCCACGUUAUCAAGGCCAAAGGAACCGGAGGGGGGACUUCAGAUAGAUAUUUUAGCACAGUCUGUUGUGUUACGCCCUCACUUCGAUCACGAUCAGUGGACACUCCCUCCUUCCCAUUUCUAUCAUGACACCACAGAAAGAGUUUCCCUCUGUCGCUCUCUCACACACACACACGUGUGCACAUGCAUGCAUACAGACAGACGAUGCCAAAAGAAUGAGUGAGGUGGCAUCUAUUUCUCUUUUGACCAAUAGGACGGGAAUAGUUUUGUAACUGCAACAUCAAGGAUCGUUGACUUGGAGCACUAAUAUCCAUUUACGACUCUGUCUCUCUAAAUCAGUUGUUUAUUUACAAUUAGAGUAUGCCUUAAGUACAGAGAAGUUUGAAAGCUGUGUGUAUUUAUUGUCAUUAUUAUUUCUAAUCAUUUAGGUUUUUAUUUUCGAAGGAUAUUUGCUGUUUGUUACAUUAUGUUUUUUUUUUACAUUUAGAUAAUAGGAAGAGUUUUUUAUUUACAUUUCUUUCUUUCUUUUAGAUUCUCUUGUAUUGUAAACAUUUCCAUUACAGUAUUUAACAAUGUUAUUGUUAUGUGCAGUGUAUGAAGACAAUAAAUAAACACAAAGCAAAUGGAACACUCCAUGUUCUAA